UCCUACCCCUGGACAAUUCUUUAGUUCCAUCGCCUUGAUGAGCAUGAAUUGAUUCAACUGGAUAAAGCUAUGCUGACCGUGCAAUCCGAAUUCCUUAUCAUGAUAGCACUUUCUUCAACUGUGCAGGAUUAUAUCCCCCAACUUCACACUCUACACAGAAAUGAUCCACUGCAAUGCUCUCAUUUACAAUCCCAAAGACCUAUACAACUUUUUCGGCGAACCAUGGGAAGGCAAGGUCGUUCAACUGGGAGGUGCGGAUCCGGAAGCGAUGGCCAAGGCUGCAAAGUUGGUUCAGGAUAACGGAUACAAGGAACUUAACUUAAACGUGGGAUGCCCAAGUCCUAGAGUGCAGAAGGGGGCCUUUGGCGCUGUGCUCAUGAAGACGCCUUCGGUUGUGGUGGAUAUCAUUCAGGAGAUGCGCAAGGUUGGAGUAACGAUUCCCAUCACAGUCAAGUGCAGGAUCGGCGUCGACAACCUUGACUCGUAUGAAUAUCUUUAUGAUUUCAUCAAGUUGGUUUCAACAACUACGCAAGUGAACCACUUUAUUGUCCACGCACGAAAAUGUUGGCUCAAGGGAUUAUCACCAAAACAAAAUCGAACCGUGCCACCAUUAAAAUAUGAGGUCGUCUAUCAGCUUGCAAAGGAUUUCCCGCAUUUAACAAUCACCAUCAACGGUGGCUUCAACACAACUCAGCAUAUCAAGGAGCAGUUGGACUUGGUUGACGGAGUUAUGAUCGGACGUGAAUUCAUGGACAGGCCAAUGUUCUUGGCGAAGGUCGAUGCUGCGUAUCACAACGUCCCUCCUAAACAUAUCAAGACGACAGAGGAGAUUGUUGAUGAGUUCCUGGAAUACGUACUGACAGAACAUGAGCGCGGAACCCCGCAUUCUAACUCGGUCGUCAUGGCGCCCUUGAAAAUGCUCUACGGCGGUCGACGCGGAAAGGAAUAUAGGAGACGACUGGCGGCGCUCAUCUUACCACGUACGAAGCCCUUGCCGGACAUCGUUCGAGAUAUGAGGCAGAUGCUGCAAGAGAUGAAUUUCGGUAGCGAAUUGGGCUCAGAGCCUGAGGUUGAGUCGGACGACGAAGCCGAGGCACAACAAUCAGGCUGUGCCUAAAUCUCAUUUAUGACACAACAAAUAGACUGUAUGUUUACAACAUGUAAAGUUGUUAUCAUGCAAAAACUCAUAUCAGGAAAAAUAUAAAAUAUGCUGGGGGCAACUCCUGC